AUGCAGGCUUCUAAAUGCCUGACCCUAUCAGAGGAGAGAUGAGGCACCUAGAUGUUGGUUUACCAUGUGUAGCGUCCACUACAACCACUCCCUUGCUGCCAUGAGCGGAAACGACAUGAUGGCGCACUCUCUGACUCUGGAGCAAAAGACAGCAUUUGCCUUCGUGGGGAUGCUGCUGGUGUUCCUGGGGUUGCUGAUAGUAAGGUGUUUCAGGAUCCUGCUGGACCCCUACAGCAGUAUGCCUUCCUCCAACUGGGCUGAUGGCAUCGAGGGGCUGGAGAAAGGGACAUUUGAGUACGCUCUUACUUAACACAGGGACACACACAACCAUAGAUGUCCUCAUGAACAGAAAUGCCUCUAGACACAC